GGCCAUUUUUAAUUUUUUACUUUACCUAUGCUUUACCUGUUUGAUUUAUGGUUCAAUUUCUCGUAGAGCAUAUUUCAACCAGUGAUUUCAACUGAAGGCAAUCUUUAGCAAAACGUUAUGAGUUGAGUUGAUAAAAUUGGGUAGAAAUAAUUACAAUUAUGCGAUCCUGUAUCAUACUACUCUUGUAUUGGUUAAAUAUUGACUUAUUUAUGUUUAAGUCUGUAUUUUGUACUUUGUUGUACGAAGAUACGAAGAAAUGGGGUGAAAUAUGGACAUCCUGUGAUGGAGAGCACCAGAGUCCAAUUGAUAUAAUUGACAUAAAAGCAGUCACUCUUACUACGCCAUUGCAACUUAAUUUUAGCAAAGAAUUUUCGUCAUUAUAUGAGGUAACCCUUUUAAAUGAUGGGAAAGUGUUAAAACUUAAGCCUCCAGUAGACAUUAAUAUAUCUGUGUCAGGUGAUAUCAUUUAUGUUAGUGGAAAUUUCAAAUUGGUUGAAAUAAAUUUUCAUUGGGGCAUAAGAGGUAAAGGCUCAGAGCACAAAGUUAAUGGUGAAAGUGCAUCAUUGGAGAUUCAACUUGUAUUUUACAACUUCAAAUAUCAAAGUAUAAAGACUGCUAGCCUAAAGAAUGAUGGAUUAUUUAUAAUUUCAACACUGGUCGAUCUUUCAACAAGUGUUUCACGAAACACAUUUUGGAGAAAUGUCACCAAUCAGUCUUCUCUUGUGAGGAAACCUGGUCAAAAGACAAUGAUGCAUCUAGAAUUUGGAAAUUUCUUGCCUAAGAACAAAAAAGAUUUCUAUCUUUACAGGGGUUCAUUGACCACACCACCUUGUUUAAAAACUGUCACUUGGCUUGUUUUCAAAGAAAGACUCUUUAUAUCUGAGGAAUACCUAAACAGAUUUAAAGCAUUAGAAACUCAAAAUAGGAAAGGGAAUUUAACUCACUUAUCAUCUAAUAUAAGACCAGUACAACCCCUAGGAUCAAGGACAGUUCUGAAAACAUUUAAAUCUACGUCAUUGAAAGAUUUUCAAAACUUUGUUCAAGAGGUUGACCUUCAUGGAAGGAAAACGAUUACGAUGUUUCAAUUCUAUCCAUGCAAUAUCCCCUUGUCUCUUUCCUUGGCUGUUGUAAUACCAACUUUGGAUUUGUCAUGGAAGAGUAAAAAUUUGACAUCAGACGUUAUGGUGUCACUUGAUGAGAGCAGAAAAUAUAAUUUGUCAAUUGAAAUGCAUGACCAUCCAGAAGGAUUCUAUAAAGAUAACGUGCAUGUCAUUAUAAAACUGAAUGCCUACAGGUUUGAAAACUUUUAUCAUGUAAAUGAAGAUUGUUUGAAAGAUUUUUGCUCUUGGAAAAGUGAUGGAAAGAGCAAAACAUGCAUUCGAAAAAUGAUCAACACAGACGAAAAGUUCAUUUUCACGAUACAUCAAUCCUGUGAUGGCAUGUAUGAUAUCAUUUUAAAGUCUGGCAACCAUACACUCAUUUUUCAAAAGAUAAUGUCGCGUAAUAUGCGAGUUAAGGUCGAACCUAUCUCAAGCUUUGGUAACCAUGAGAUAAAGAAUGUUAUCCGUGACUGGUACUUACGCCUUAAUGCAAAAAAGACUAACAAUUACACAAGAGUUGAGCUUUUCCUUGAUUACAUUUCCCAUACAUCUCUUCGUAAUAAAAUCAUGGAUGCUGUAUUUGAUGAAGAAGUGAAAUGCAAAUCUUCAAAUGGUGCUCCAAACCAUUAUAAAUUGAUAAUUGGUGUCUUUGCUGGAUUGUUUGUCAUCUUUGCAAUCAUUUUAACAGUUUAUUUAGUGCGUAGGAACGCAAAGAAUAGGGUGGGAAAACAAAAUGCUUUAAUACAAGAUGAUGAACUAGACACUGCUGUUUAGCAAAACAACUUUUUUUACCAGUGUAAUCAUCGUUUUUACGUUAUUUACUUAUACGUAUUUAUAUUUAUAUUAUUCAAUUCACACCUCACAUAUCAUGACAUGUUUUAAAUGUUUCGAAAUGAACAUAUAGCACUGGUCAUGUCUCCAAGUUCAACUUCCUUUAAGACAAUUCCUACUGGAUAGAUUUAGUAAGUUUCUGACGGGCAAACCUUUAUUACACUUACUAUUUUAAACUGCUCAAA